AUGGCUUCUAAACGAUCGCAGGAACCUAAAGCAACAUCAAAAACGGAAAAGAAAUCUUUAAAACAAGAGAAGAGACUUUCCAAAUUUUUCUCUCCUCACAAAACUCAAGACACCAAUGAAGAUCUCUCUCCAGACUCCUUUACUGAGACGACCCUGCCACCCAUAGAACCACCGAUUAUCACUAUAGAAAUUAUAAAAUCACUGUUGGAUAAUACUUUGAAAGAGAUAAAAAAAGAGAUCCAGAAAAAUUCUAUUGAUCUCAAAAAUGAUAUAUCCAAGGUAUUAACCAGAAUGCAAACAAUAGAAGAAAAGCAAGAUCAUACAGAGUUUCAGAUUCAAUCAUUUAAAGAGUCCCAUAAAGAAAUGGAGCGCAAACUGGAGCAACUGGAAGCUAAAAUAGCAGAUUUAGAAGAUCGGGCCCGAAGAACAAAUUUAAAAUUCAGAAAUAUUCCAGAAGGUAUAACAAAUGAUAAAUUGAAAGACUUUCUGAAAGAACUGUUCAUCUCCCUUAAGCUAUCACUCGAUCCCCAUGAAUUAAUAAUGGAUCGAUGUCAUAGAAUCUUCAAGCCCACAAAUAUCAAAAAUGAUUCUGCACGAGAUUCUGACCCUCCAUCAUCAAAUAAGUGGUACUUGGGUAACUGGUUGAAGAAGGGGAAUCCACACAAAGUGUCUCUUGCUUCUUCAUUAGACACUUAUAUGGUAUCAUCACAUGGAUACAACAAGGAGAAUCAAGAGCAGGGCACUAGAGCAGGAAAUACAGAAUCAUGUGGUCCAAAGGAGUUUACCACUUCUUUUACCCCCACCCGAGACACCAAGAAUGCACAAAAAGGCUCUGAAAGCAGACGAGGCAGAAAGAAGUCUCCAUCUCAAUUUCAAAACACCACACUAAGGAGAGAUAUUUUGAAAAAUCAGUCCAGACAUUUUGCAAAGGAAUCUGUAGAGGCACCACGAGAUGGACUCAAAAUAGAGAAAAUUUCUACUAAAGCAGAAAUUACUACAAAUAUGCCCCCUAACAGACCCAAUGCUUCUACAAAUGGCUCUCACAAACCCAACAUGAAGAAAGAACCCAAAUCCUCUCCCUGCAUUGCAGCAGAGAAUAAAAAGUCUAAGUCUUUACCAAAAUCCCUUCAGAAGUCCAGAGGGUUUGUUAAAACAUCUUUAGUCCAAACGUCUAAAAAUUCAGAGAGCAAUAGAACAUCUCCUCUAAAACCCUCCAUUGAGCAGGAAGAUAUUUUUUAUCGCUCAUUAUUAACUCCUAUGAAGGGGCUUCUUUCACCCCUUAGUGACCCUGAGGAUCAGUUACCUCUUAUUGUAAAAAAGGACUCAAACCUGUUGUCCCAGAUUCCUGGAUGGCCGUACAAAAAUGCAGAGCAGCCCACGAUUGAAAAGAUUGCACCUAAGCAGUACCCAAAAGAGACCCAGAAACAGACCGAGCAAAGCUUCAAUAAGGGGAAGCGGACGCACAAGAAUGAUGAAGAAUUAAAAGGUAAUGAUGCCAAGAAACAAAAAGUAGAAGAAAAGACCACAAACUACAAAGUGCCCAGUAAAGAGUUGUCAAAACCAAAUCCUGUAAAGGAAAGAGAGUUACUUCCUUCACCUGCAACCCCAGCUCUACAGAAAGAUUUCAAGUCUGAACAUGGGUCUCGUAAAAGAACCAUUAGCCAGUCUUCAUCUCAGAAAUCUAGCAGCAGUGGCAGCACAAAGGAUAGUGGCACCGAAAGUAAGUCUUCUGAUAAGCAAAGAAAAAGUAGCACCGAGGAGACAAAGGAUAAACCCUCAGGUAAUACAGCUUCUGUCGCUUUUGUGCCAGCAAUCGAUAAAAAAUUGUGGAGAGCAAAACUGACCUUCGAAGACAGAACCCAUUCUGCUGAUCACUAUCUACUGGAAGCGAAGAAAGUAAAGCACAAGGCUGAUGCGUUGUCAGACAGGUUCGAGAAAGCAGUACUCUACCUUGAUGCGGUGCUUGUUUUCAUUGAGUGCGGAAACGCUUUAGAGAAGAGUGUCGAAGAAUCAAAAUCUCCAUUUCGGAUGUAUGGUGAAACAUUAGAGUUAAUAAAGUACACCUUGAAAUUGGCAUGCCCUGCAGCCCCUGAUGCUACAUCAGCUGAUAAGAGACUUGCUGUUCUUUGUCUUUGCUGUCAAUCCCUUUUGUACUUGAGGUUAUUCAAACUGAAGAAGGAGAGUGCAUUGGUAGAUUCCAAGACAUUAACUGAACAGCUAAAGAUCUCUUACGGUAAUUCUCAAGCUCCAUCUCCUACCAGGGGAAGCAAAUCCAUGAGUAUGCCUUUCCCAGUGUCUCCGAAGCUGUCUCCCGGCAAUUCUAAUAGCUAUUCCUCCAAUGUGUCCAAUACUACUGGAGACACGUCAUUUGUGACUAUAUCACAGAAGAUUCACCAGAUGACAGCCAGCUAUGUCCAGGACACGUCCAACUUCCUUUAUGCCACUGAAAUUUGGGACCAAGCAGAACAACUCUGCACAGAGCAAAGUGAAUUUUUUUCUGAACUGGAUAAAGUUAUGGGCCCCCUGAACUUCCAUUCCAGCACCAUCCCAGAACUGGUAUGCUACACCCGUCAAGGCCUGCACUGGUUACGCCUUGAUGCCAAGUUGAAACAUUAA